UCGCUACAUUUCUUCCGUCAUUCCAUCUCUUCAGUCUGCUGCAGCAAUUUUUUUAGCCGAGCAGUGCUGCAACGCCUCCUUUCGUCAACCCAUUUUCGUUUCUGCCUUCCCUGGCUCCAAUUCUUACUUCCUCCAUUGUCAUUUUAAACCUUCCUGAUCAAUUGCUCGCCCUGUUUCUGGUUUCGCCUCGAGGUUUUCCUUUUUUAUUCGGCUAUGUAAAGUGCAAACUCACUAACCCUCUGUUUUUAACCUCUGGUGAUUGUAAGAUCUGUUUGAUUUGAAUUCUUACUGGAGUAGGUCGAUGGUAAUGAUGGAUCUCAAUGUAAAGGAAUCGUCAUCGGAUGAAUCGGGUGACAUUAAUAAGUGCUGUAGUGAUUGCAAAACCACUAAAACCCCACUCUGGAGAGGAGGGCCAGCGGGGCCCAAGACGCUAUGCAACGCUUGCGGGAUUAGAUACAGGAAGAGAAGGGCUUCUUCGGUGAGAUUGAACAAAGGACUACAUAGGAAGAGAGAGAGAGCUCAUAAUUCAAGCGGCGGCGCUGCUGAUGCCGUCACCGUCACCGUCAUCUCGACGGAUGACAAUCAUUUGAGGGAAUCGUUGGAAAUGAACGCGAUAGGAUUGGAUGAGGAGGUUUUGUUGCAGAGCGUGCCGGCGGUUCUGAAGAAACAGAGAUGCCAGAGGAAAAGGAAGUUUGGGGAAGUGGAGGAAGCUGCUUUCUGUUUGAUGGCAUUAUCCGGUGGCUUUGUUUUCGCUUAGGUUAACAAUUUUAAGAUAACCCUAAUCGACAUGGCCCUUUUAAGAUAACUUUCUUGUUCCUUUAAGUGUGCAUAGUUCCUUGCAUUUAUCAUGUGAAAUCCCCUGGGUUCAUCUUACGGGGGUACGAAACACUGUUGAAUCUGUUGGGGGAUGCAAAGUCAAGGCAAAGGAAUGGGAUGUGAAUGUCGUAGGCGUAGGAAUUAUGAAUACUUGAAUAGCGACUAGUUCCCCUCCCCCUUUUCUCUUUUUAAUGGGUUGUUCAGCGGAAAUACGUUCCGUUGAUGUAAAUAGUUCAGACGUAUAAUCAUAUGAGUAUAUAUUGUAUUACAACGCA